UCUUCAGUCGUCUGAUUUAAAGAGAGAAGAUGAUAGCCUGCUGUUUGUUGGUAUAGCGUAAAACCGAUUUUUUGGAUUCAGUCCAGCAAUCCGAAAACAAAGAUGGCACCAAAUAUUUCAAGCACGAUGUCCAAAAAUUUCGAGAAAGAUUUCCAGAAAAAGGAAUCUUCAGCUACUAUGAAGAUAAAUACAGACAAUAAAAAUGGCACAUGGAAUGGAACUAAAAUUUAUACAAAGACGAAAGGCUGGUUCAAAACGGAUCUGAAGUGGUUUAAUAUCAUAUCUAUUAGUCUUUUUCAUUUAUACUUUGUCUAUGCCUGUUUUACAUUUAAAUUUCUCGAAAAUCUGAAGACGACCGCUUGGAUAUAUAUUAUGAAUAUAAUGGGAGGAUUAGGCGUCACUGCUGGUGCUCAUCGAUUAUGGACCCACCGAUCUUACAAGGCAAAGUGGCCGCUUAAAAUUAUACUUGUCAUUUGCUACACUUCAGCCGGCAUGAACAACCUUUAUGAGUGGGUGCGAGAUCAUCGGGUGCAUCACAAAUAUACGGAUACGGACGCAGAUCCGCACAAUAGUAAACGAGGAUUCUUUUUCUCUCACGUAGGCUGGUUGAUGAUGAAGAAACAUCCGGAGGUGAUCCAAAGGGGUCUUGAGAUGGAUAUGAACGAUAUAUUGGCCGAUCCUAUCGCCGCAUUUGGUUACAAAUAUCACUCGAUACUCAAAUUUAUCUUCGCCUUCCUGCUUCCGGCAAUGGUGCCUGUGUAUGGAUGGAAUGAGACUUGGUAUAGAGCCUUCGUGUCGCAGAUUAUUCUUCGUUAUAUAUUUUUUUUAAAUUGUGCGUGGACUGUUAACAGUGCGGCUCAUAUCUGGGGCUCAAAGCCAUACGAUGCACACAUGAAUCCAACACAGAACCGAUGGGUCAACAUUAUGACGGGCGGCGAAGGAUGGCACAAUUAUCAUCAUGUCUUCCCGUGGGAUUACAAGGCUUCCGAGUUUGGCAGCUAUUUCAAAUAUAAUAUUACCACAUUAUUCAUCGAUUUAUACGCGAUGAUCGGAUGGGCGUACGAUCUCAAACAACCAUCGCAGGAGCUCGUGAAGACUAUCGCAAUGAAAAAGGGUGACGGGAGCUAUCCCUUAUGGAGUGCCGUGCCAUAUUCAGCCAGUAAAAUUGAAUAACAAAAAUGAUUUACAAUUAGAGUUGUCUUAUCCUCACGAUAGAGAAUUCCUUUAGCUCAAUUAACGA